UCUAUCACAAUAAUAAUAAUCAUUCUAAAUUUUAAUUCCCGAUUAGUAAAUAAUAUGUUAAGUUUUCUAGUUUUGUUAUAUUUUAAUUCUACACAUUUACAAACACUAUAAUUUGAUUCAUUUUUUAAGUACUGCAAAAUAUUCAUACCUAUUACAUUUUAUCAAACAAUGAGGAACAUGGAUUCUAGUGAAAAAUUAGAACAGGAACAAAAUAAUUUAGCAUUAUUCAAAGAACAAGUAAAACGCAGUAGUCAAUUAUCUGAAAAAAUGGUUGAUAUUCUUACAUCGUUUGAGAAUCGUCUGGGUCAUCUUCAACAAACUAUAUUACCAAUAUAUAAUGAAAUGGAAAAUUUACAACUAAAAAAAAAUAAUGUUGAAAAGACACUUUUUGAACUAGACAAAGUAAUUAAAUAUCAUGAUGUAUGUCCGCAAGUGGAAUCUAUUAUAUUAUCUAGACCAAAUGGGCAAGAUGGAUUAAAUGAGUACUUAGAUGCUAUGGAAAGACUCUAUGAAGCUAAAAACUAUUUUGAAAAAAAUAAUCCCCAGAGCGUAGAAUUGGAAAACGUAUCUUCACUGUUCAAAUCUGGCGGGGACACAAUUCAAAGAGAAUUUAAAGAACUACUUUUAAAACAUAGUAAACAUGUUCAACCUGCUAUUCUUCUUGAUAUUGUUACUAAUGAUGAUGAAUUAGUGACUGAUGAUUCGUCUUCUGUAAGUUCUAUAAGCCAUUUUCCAGAAAACGUUUCUACGGAUCUUAUUCGUUUAGCUGACUGGUUAAUUAGUCAGUCGCGUGAUGAAUACAUGAAUGUUUAUGCGAGGGUUCGUGCAAAUACUCUUACUAAAUCUAUGACUACUCUUAAAGAAUAUCAGAAAACUGGUAGUGCAGGCAGCACCUAUAUGGCAGCUUUAGGACAAACAGUUGGAUCUCCUGCUGUGAAAUCAAAGUUUCCACAUAGACCUGAAGUGACAGUCACUAGAAAAACUUCAAAGCGUAUCCAACAUGUCUUUGAAAGAAAGGCCAAUCGAAUGUUAAUGAAAGCAUCUCAAACCAUUGGACAGUCAACUGGUCUCAAUUUAGGAAACAGACGACCUGCUCUUCUUGAAAAUCGAGAAGAUGUAGUAGAUGAACAAGAAAUGGAAAAUUAUCUAGUUUCAGUGAUUGCCUUACAAAGGCUUAUGCAAGCAGAACUUUCUCUUAUGGUUGGUAUAAUACCUAUCAAACAUCACCACCAAGUGUUUCAAAUUAUCAUACAAGAAAGUCUAUCCAAUAUUGUUCAUGAAGGAGAAAAUAUAUCAGCUAGAGCUAAACGUUGUAUACAUAGAAAAGAAUUCUCCAAUGUGUUUGUUAUGUUUCCAAUCUUAAAGCAUUUGGCUGCUAUGAAGACUGAUUUUGAACGUACAAUGGAAGGAUGUGAUCCGAUUAUUCGAGGACAAUAUUCCACAAUUCUCAAUACUCUUCAUUCAACAGGAGUUCGUACACUAGACGAAAUUAUUGAAAGUGUUAGAACCGACACUUCUAUGGGGUUGCCGCGUGAUGGCACUGUUUACCAGUUAACUAGUGACGUUGUAGUGCUUAUGGAACAUCUUCUUGAAUAUAUAGAUAGUGUUGGUCCUCUUUUAGCUCAAGUUCCAAUUUACAAUAACAUGGUACCUCAUAUUCUACCUGUAGCAGACAAAUAUAAAUUUCUCUUGGGACUUUAUAUCAAAAAAGUGUUAUCUCAACUAAAUCUAAUGCUCGUGAACCGAAGUGAUUCUUACAACGAGAUAGGCGUUAAAUAUUUGUUUAGACUGAAUAAUUGUCAUUAUGUGAUCAAAGCAUUACAACGGUCAGCUCUACUCGAUAUUGUUUCACUUACUGAACCAGAGUGUGAGAACACUUAUCUCGAAAUGAUAGCAGCACAUAAAAAAUCAUACCAACAAUGUUGGAGUAAAAUUAAUAGUUUCAUAGCCAAUUUAGAUGAUAUACAAGUAGUAAAUGGUAAACUUAAGGACAAAGAUCGUAACAUAAUAAAAGAACGAUUUUCUGGUUUUAAUAAGGAAGUUGAAGAAAUUCUUAAACUUCAAAGAGGCUAUACUAUACCAGACAUUGAACUACGAGAAGGAUUAAAGCGUGACAACAAAGAGUAUAUUUUGCCUAAAUACAGCGCAUUUUAUGACAAGUUUUCACAAUCAUCAUUUACUAAAAAUCCAGAAAAGUAUGUCAAGUAUACUCCAGCUCAAGUGUCAGCGAUGCUUGACAGAUUCUUUGACGUGGCAGCCUAAGUUUAUUUAGUAUUUAAACAUUUAAAAAUAUUUAAAUUAUUAAUGCUAUUACUUAAAGCAUUAUUUAUUAUUGUUUACAAAAGUUUGUAUUUUUAUAUACCUAACUGCAUUGAUGUAUCAUGUAUCAAUUACAGAUUAAAUCAAUUUACUUAUUUAUGUUUUUUAA